GCAGCCUUCCACCUCUGGAGAAGUAGCUGACUUGUCCAAAGAAGAGCAUAGAUAUAGGAGAACCUUUCUGCUUGGAGACGAUGGCCAACAUUUGAUUCUGAGCAAAAGUGGUGUGAACACUGAGACUAUUACACCUUCGGCCAUUUCGCUUUGCAUCAAAAGGUCUGACAUGGGAAAGAGCAAACCAAAAAAGGAACAUUUUUGCAAUCACUUCUGAAUAUUUUAAAAAUUAUGGAAAGGAUAUCAAAAACAUGGGAGCAGAGAAUGUGUUGAUACCUUUUUUGCUCCAUUUUUCCCAUCAGAGAAGCAUACAUCACUUUAUUUCAGAGUCUGACACACUUUGUGUGACUCCAAAUGUUUUUUCUUGCUUAGGAGCACUUAUAAGACUUGACGACUAUUUUUUAAAAACACAUGCACAUAUAUUGUAUGUGGAUGCAUAUACAAACACACCUCAGAAACAAAGAACAAGAUCUUGGUCUCAUUACUUAAUCUUAUUAUCAUUAAGCAUCCAGCAAGGUAUGGAGAACACCAAAGAGAGCAUUCCAAAGAGGGUUGUUAAAAGUGCACUGUUAUUGUUAAUUUGACCAAAAAUACACAAUUACAGCAGAUGCCAUGGGAGAAAAGUAACUUUUCAAGUAUGUCCCCAAGUGUUGGAUUUCAUUCCUUGGUCAGCCUGCAUGAAGCCAGAUCCAUAUUUCCAGGUAGUGUUUAUCAACAAUGUGGAAAUACAUUUUUUCACAAAUAUCCAAUAUUUGCUCUGGACUCUUUCAAAGAAAGAGCCGAGUAAAUCCCAGAUACAUUGGAUGAACAUUAACCAGCGUUGAUAAUGAGCUUGAAUGUUGAAAACAUCUCUGUCCCUGCCUGUGUCAACUGCACCCAGACGGUGGAGGAAGUCAAUGUUUUAAAGGCCAUCCUGCUAGGCGUGAUCUUUGGGGGUCUGAUCAUUUUUGGGGUCCUGGGCAACAUCUUGGUGAUCCUUUCGGUCGCCUGCCACAAACACCUCCAAAGCGUAACCCACUACUACAUCAUCAACUUGGCAGUGGCCGACCUUCUCUUAACUUCAACCGUCCUCCCCUUUUCUGCUAUUUUUGAGAUAUUUGGCUACUGGAUUUUUGGGAGGAUCUUCUGUAACAUCUGGGCAGCUGUUGAUGUUCUUUGCUGCACUGCUUCCAUCAUGAGCCUUUGUGUCAUCUCCAUAGACCGAUACAUUGGAGUGAGCUAUCCGCUAAGGUAUCCUUCCAUCGUGACCGAGAAGAGAGGUCUCCUAGCCUUGCUGUGCAUCUGGGUGCUGUCUCUUGUUAUAUCUAUAGGUCCCCUCUUUGGCUGGAAACAACCAGCCCCAGAAGAUGAGAAAAUCUGCCAAAUCAACACAGAUCCUGGUUAUGUGCUAUUCUCUGCUUUUGGAUCUUUCUACCUCCCUUUGAUCAUUAUACUGGUGAUGUACUGCCGGGUGUAUGUGGUGGCCAGAAGGGAAAGCAAAGGACUUUCUUGUGGCCUGAAAACCGAGAAGUCCCAUUCAGAAGAAGUUACCCUCCGCAUCCAUUGCAAAAAUGCAACAGAAACCACUGGAUCUACCCCCAGCACCAAGCACAAAUCCCAUUUUUCCAUGAGGCUGCUGAAGUUCUCCAGGGAAAAGAAAGCCGCAAAGAGCCUGGGAAUAGUUGUGGGAUGCUUCAUCCUGUGCUGGCUUCCCUUCUUUUUGAUCAUGCCUAUCGGUUCUUUCUUCCCUGAGAGCAAACCCUCGGACACUGUUUUUAAAAUUGCCUUUUGGCUUGGAUAUCUAAACAGCUGCAUCAACCCCAUCAUCUACCCGUGUUCGAGUCAAGAGUUUAAAAAGGCAUUCCAGAAUGUCCUGAGAGGCCAGUGUCUUCCACGGAGAUACUCGGCCAACAAAUACUCCCUGAGCUUUAACCACCAUCAUCCCAGCAACCAUGUUGCAGAGACUCCAAAGGACGUUGUCUGUAUUCCCGUCAACUCCGGAGAGAACUUCUACAAGAUCUCCAAAUCAGAUGGUAUCUGCGAGUGGAAACUUUUUUCGACCGUGCAAAGCAUGUCAACCAAGAGCGCAAGCUCUAAAGACAAGGCCAAAGUCAAGAGCAAAGGUUUCCUGAGGGUUUGCUGUUGUGCUGACACAUCAGGAAGUGAUCACCCAAAGGGUCAGAAAGUGCCCACCAUUAAAAUACACACAAUCUCUAUCAGUGAUAAUGGAGAGGAUGUCUAAAGUUGCAUGUCUUUCCAGGAGAACUGGCUGAGAUUUAUAGACUCUAAGAAGAAAAGCCAACCGAUGGAGAAUAUUGAUGUGCAGACUUUGGGCCAAACCCCGUCUAGGUUGAAUUCAUUGGAAAUCGCACUGGAAUCUGUGGACCCAUUUCAGGCUGGACUCCUUAAAAUGAUGCUGAAUUCAUUUCCCUUCUGUUUUUCAAGUUCUGUGAUUCAUUUUAUGUUAUUUCAGAUCGUUUGACCGUUUUGUUUUCCAAUGAAUCAAAACAGUGUUGUAAUAUAUCCUAUAACUGAGAACCAUCAAUGCAUGGUCUUGGUUUCAUCGCAGGUACUUUUAAUUGUAAACUUGCAUUUUUCUGUGAUUGAAAAAAAAAACUAUUUUUGAGAAUAGUCAGUUUGAGAAGACAGCAAUGAGAGGUAAAGGAGAAACCUUUGAGAAAAUUCAGGUUAUUGAUGUACUUUUAUUGGAAUGAUUUUAUGAAUAUUGUGUUAUCGAAAGCUUUCAUGGCCAGAAUCACAGGGUUGUUGUGUGUUUUCCGGGCUGUAUGGCCAUGUUCCAGAAAUAUUCUCUCCUGACGUUUUGCCCACAUCUAUGGCAGGAAUCCUCUGAGGUUGUGAGGUCUGUUGGAAACUAGACAAGUGGGGUUUAUAUAUCUGUGUAAUAAUAUCCAAGGUGGGAGAAAGAACUCUUGUCUGUUGUAGGCAAGUGUGAAUGUUGCAAUUGUCCACCUUGAUUAGCAUUGAAAAGCCUUGCAGCUUCAAAGCAUGGCUGCUUUCACACUUGCCUUUGUUGGGAGGUGUUAGCUGGCCCUGAUGGUUAACAUACCUAUGUUAUAGAUGUUAUAGGUGAAACGUCAGGAAAGAAUGCUUCUGAAAGAUGGCCGUACAGCCCGGCAAACUCACAGCAACCCAAUAAUUCAUGCUAUUUUCUGAAUUGAUUAUUCGGCUAGGAAUGACACAUAUGUGCAUUUCUGUCCAUGUGGUUGGAACAUUCACAUGGCAUCAGAGAGAAACAACUGCCACUUAUGAAGAGAACUCCUCUGUUUUUUCUCUCUGGGUCUCUUUUCUCUCCCAUUUUCUUGUCUCAAAGGUCUUUGAAGUAUCUUUGUGCAUAGUUCAGAGACUUCACUGACUCUGGGAUCAUGUUUGUCAACUGUCUUAAAAAUGCUGUCUGUCACAUUCAUUCCUGAACCGCAAUGUGUAUGAAGGAAAAUAUUCAACUGCAAGAUCAUUGUGUUUGGAAUAGAAACAAUGCCAUGAAACUGCCCUCUGAAUCUCUGGGACCUUUCAUAGCUUUUUGACCUACGCAUGUUGACUAAUUUGUAAUGGCAUCAUUACUCACAUGACCCAUUCUGCUGAUGCCUUUUCCUCUUCCUCCUUCCUCCUCUUCCUCUUCCUCCUCCUCCUUCCUCCUUCUCCUUCUCCUUCUGCAUUCACAGCCAUUCAUUUUGGAACAUGCCAUAUAUCAACACAAGGAACAGAUAGUGUCCUGUAAUUAUACACGUUCAUAAUAUGACAUUCCCUACACGGUAACCUUAAGAUCCUGGAAUGUUACAUUUCAAAAUGAACAUGUGAACAAAGAUGGUUGGGGAUAAUGAUGUUCAUUUGUCAUCAGCACUGGGGAGGCAGACAUUCACUUCAUUUGCACUAGUUUUUAGCAAAUUCAGAUUUCUUCGAUUUUACCAAAACUAUGGAAUUUAAAGACAGUACUAUAUUGAAUUAUUUCCAUUGCCCUCUAACCACACAUUGUGUUCUUGGUGUCUUCAAAAUUGCUUUUUCUGUUGCCUGGGAAUUUCCAGAUUGAAAUGAACUAUACUUCUCACAUCUGAAAGAGGAUCCUCCCGGUGGCACAGUGGGUUAAACCCUUGUGCCGGCAAGACUGGUGACUUGAAGGUUGGGUUGCUGACCUGAAGGUUGCCGGUUCGAAUCCAACCUUGGGAGAGCACAGAUGAGCUCCCUCUAUCAGCUCCAGCUCCAUGUGGGGACAUGAGAGAAGCUUCCCAUAAUGAUGGUAAAAACAUCAAAACAUCUGGGGAUCUCCUAGGCAACGUCCUUGCAGACAGCCAAUUAUUUCACACCACUUGCAAUUUCUCUAGUUGCCCCUGACAUGAAAAAAAAAUCUGAGAAAUAUAUCAUGAAAUUAAGUUCAAGAGGUACACAGGGUUCUGGGUCUUUGCUAGGAUUAGGUUCCAGAUCCCUCUGUGGAUACUAAAAUCCAUGAAUGCUCGUCCUACUGUAUACAAUGCUGUAGUAAAGUGGUGUCCUUUAUAUAAAAGACACAACAAACAAUAACUGAAGCACGGGAUCCUGUUCCUCUUUUCGAAAGCACCCCUUACAAGAUGAAACAAGGUAGACCCAAUAUUGGUUGCCCCACAUGUUACGUGUUGUCAAAGAUUACAUUGAAUUAAAGUUCUAUAAGUCUGAAGCUA